AUGAAAAUCACCCAGCUGAACCUCGUCGGCUUCGGCCUGCGCAUCACCGACUUCAAGGCUCAGACCCCGCGCCCCGAGAAAACGUUCCGGGUGUGGUCCAUUUGCCCCGAUGGCUGGCAACCACUCGUUCCCGGAGCGUAUGCGCGACCCACGCGCUCCCGACCUCAACAGAUGACGGGACUCCUGGUACCCGGUGACCGAAUCCGGGACUCCGGCCAAGAUUUUGUCGACGGAUCCUUAGUCCUCGGUGGUCUCGGUGGGCAUGAGGUCGAAGGCAUCGUGUCCCUCCCCGUCUCCUCGCGCGACGAAGCACGGCUCUUGAGCAGUUCCGAUCAGCAACCACGCUUGUCUCUGCAGAUCAGUGCGUACUUGGCCCACCACGAGGCGUUUCUGUAUGGCGACUACUGGAGCACCAUUCGAACUCAAGCAGACAUUAUGGAAGAGCGAGCAUCAGCGGAAGAGCAGGGAAUUGUUCACUCGGAGCUCGGAGCUCUACGACCAUGCCUACGUCGACAGAUUAGCUCCCUACCGAACUCGGAUCUAUACGAAUGGGCUGACCGUCAACAAAUCGACCCUCCCCAGAGAAUGGAAGUCCACUGGCUGACCGUCCCCCGCCCGCCGCGAUCCGCAUCUGCACCUGCACAAGGUCGAUGUCGGUAA